AUGAAGUUUAUAGCAUUAAUAUCAGGUGGGAAGGACUCGUUCUACAAUAUUUUUCACUGCCUGAAGAACAACCAUGAAUUGAUUGCCCUGGGAAAUAUAUACCCAAAAGAAUCAGAAGAGCAAGAAUUAGACUCUUUCAUGUUCCAAACAGUAGGACAUGACUUAAUAGACUAUUAUUCUAAAUGUAUUGGUGUUCCACUAUUUAGACGCUCAAUAUUACGGAACACUUCUAACAACGUCGAGUUGAAUUAUACUGCUACUCAGGAUGAUGAAAUUGAAGAACUAUUUGAACUUCUAAGAACUGUCAAAGAUAAAAUUCCAGAUUUAGAAGCUGUUAGUGUAGGUGCCAUCUUAUCGUCUUACCAGAGGACCAGAGUGGAAAAUGUUUGUUCCAGAUUGGGUCUAGUAGUGCUAAGCUAUUUAUGGCAAAGGGAUCAAGCCGAACUAAUGGGUGAAAUGUGCCUUAUGUCCAAGGAUGUUAACAAUGUUGAAAACGAUACUAAUUCAGGAAAUAAAUUUGACGCCAGGAUAAUCAAGGUGGCAGCAAUUGGAUUGAACGAGAAACAUUUAGGAAUGUCCUUGCCUAUGAUGCAACCGGUGUUACAGAAACUUAACCAACUUUAUCAAGUUCAUAUCUGUGGAGAGGGUGGGGAGUUUGAGACAAUGGUCUUGGAUGCCCCUUUUUUCCAACAUGGAUACUUGGAAUUAAUUGAUAUUGUCAAAUGUAGCGAUGGUGAAGUUCACAAUGCAAGGUUAAAGGUAAAAUUUCAACCGCGUAAUUUGAGCAAAAGUUUUUUACUCAACCAAUUAGAUCAAUUACCUGUACCUUCGAUUUUUGGUAAUAAUUGGCAAGAUUUAACCCAAAAUUUGCCAAAGCAACAAGCUAAAACAGGAGAACAAAGAUUUGAAAAUCACAUGUCGAAUGCUCUACCACAAACGACAAUCAAUAAAACCAAUGAUAAGUUGUACAUCUCUAACCUACAAUCACGUAAAAGUGAGACGGUCGAGAAGCAAAGUGAAGAUAUUUUUACUGAGCUAGCCGACAUUCUGCAUUCCAACCAGAUUCCACGGAAUCAUAUUUUAUCUGCGUCAUUAUUAAUUAGAGAUAUGUCUAAUUUCGGAAAAAUCAACAAAAUAUACAAUGAAUUUUUAGAUUUGUCAAAAUACGGACCUUUGCCACCAUCAAGAGCAUGCGUAGGUUCGAAGUGCUUGCCAGAAGAUUGUCACGUACAGUUAUCAGUUGUUGUUGAUGUAAAAAAUACAGGCAAAGAAAAAAUCAACAAGAAUAAGGGCGGACUACAUGUUCAAGGCCGUUCAUAUUGGGCUCCAUGUAAUAUCGGACCAUAUUCCCAAAGUACUUGGUUAAACGAUGAUGCAAACCAAGUCAGUUUUAUCAGUGGGCAAAUCGGACUAGUACCGCAGUCAAUGGAAAUAUUAGGAACACCUCUCACUGACCAAAUAGUUUUGGCAUUACAACAUUUUGAUACUUUGUGUGAAACAAUAGGAGCUCAAGAAAAGUUACUCAUGACAUGCUAUAUUUCAGACGAAUCGGUUCUCGACUCUGUCAUCAAAACAUGGGCGUUUUAUUGUUCAAAUAUGAAUCAUAGAUCAGAUCUAUGGAUGGACAAAUCUGAUGAUGUUGAAAAAUGCCUAGUUCUUGUAAAGAUUUCUGAAUUACCUAGAGGCGCUGUUGCAGAAUUUGGUGGUGUUACUUGUAAGAGAUUAAUAGUGGACGAUAAUGAUUCCGACAAGAAAGAAAGGGAAGAGAAUGAUGAUGUUUCAACCGUAUUCCAGAAAUUGAAUUUGAAUAUUGAAGGUUUUCAUAACACUACAGUUAGUGCGUUUGGAUAUAAUAGAAACUUUAUUACGGGAUUUGUAGAUAGUAGAGAGGAGUUAGAACUUAUCUUGGAAAAAACCCCAAAAUCAGCCCAGAUUACCCUCUAUUAUAAUCCCAAAGAAAUCAUCACUUUCCACCAUCACAUUGGAUACUAUCCGGUGGAGAAACUUUUUGAUUACCGUGGUAAAGAACACCGCUUUGGGUUGCAUAUUCGUUCCUAA